AUGGGUGAAUCAGCCUGUCUAAUGAGAUCGUUCUCUAGCCCUUCUAAGUGUUCCAGUGAAGUCAAAGAGGGGGACCCCCUUCGUUGCCUAGGAGAAUCAAUCUCCUUCGGCAGGUAUAUGUCAGAACCUCUUGCUUGGGAGAAAUGGUCAGCGUUUUCCCACAAUCGCUACUUAGAAGAAGUCGAAAAGUUUUCCAAACCCGGCUCUGUUGCUGAGAAGAAGGCUUAUUUUGAAGCUCACUACAAGAGAAAAGCUGCUGAGAAAGCAGCAGCCUUGCUUGAGGUAACAAAUGCAAGUGCCAGUAAUGUCUCAGAGUCAGUAAAUAUGUACAAAAAUUGUGACAGCUUCUCCAACAUAGAGUCAGCGAAUGGAGAGAGCCAUAUGGUUGUCGAUAAACAACAGGAAAAUUUUGUGCCAAAUUCUGAGGUAGUAGUAUGCCCAGCUGAUAUGAGUGGCCCUAAUCCAAAUGUUGAAGGGAAUCAAUUGGAUGUUUCCAUGGUGGACGGAGAAGAAGCAGUGGUUCAAGAAAGUGUUAGUUUGGCGAAUCCUAUUCAGGUUGAAAUCUCAAACAAGUUUGAAAAUGACAAAGACCAAGAUGAUAUUGUUGCCACCCAAGAAGAGAAGAUUCCAAAUAAGGAAGCAGUUGGUGAGGAGAAUCUAGCUUCAACGAACAAGAAAAGAUUGAUAAACUCUUCCCCAAGGUUAUCCACUAAAGGUAGAGCAUCCAAGGCCCCGAUGUCUCCUGCCAAAACAAGCAACUCGUGUGCAAACCAUAAAUGGGAAAAAUGUCACUCAAAAGGGUAA